GAGCGGAGCAGACUGUGAGUGGGGCCCUGCACUCAGAUCUCCGGCCUUUGCCCGACGUAGCCAUGACAGGGACCUGCACCCGGGAAUGCACAGAGUUUGGCCACUCUGACACCUGUUGGAUGCCGGGCCAGUCCUCUCCGAGCCGGAGGCCCAAGAACGCCCUCAAACUCUCCACGUUUGUGCCUUAUCAAGACCGAGGGAGUCAUGAGCAAGUUGGGAACGGCAGCCCCAGACUCUCGGAAGAGCGCAGCGCCAAAAUGGCUAACCUCCGCCUGCUCCCUACGUACAGUGCCUUCUCCAACAGUAGCCAUGAGCCCUGCAAGGACUCCCCCCUGGAGGAAAUCCCUCUCACCCAGACCUCAGACUUCCAAGCAGCCACCACGCCAUCCUCCCAGACCGCCAAGCGGGAGAUCUACCUGUGAGACUGGGGUGGGGUGGGGGCAAGAAAGGUGCCUGCAAAACACACCGCUGAGGCCAGUGUCUGGAAGGAGAGGAAGACGAAGGGACUUUUCAAACUGUGAUGCUUUAUCGUUUGUGUCGGCAGUUCUGAGCCUGCUGGGUGGGAACGCCUUGCCCGCUCUCCGGG